GAGAAGGAGCUGCGCCUCAUCCGCGAGAACUACCUCGGCAAGGGCCCCAAGCAGAAGAAGGUCGUCAAGCCGUCGGAGAAGUUCGCGCGCAUCUUCCAGUUCGACUGGGACGCGAACGACGACACGUCCGCGGACCUGAACCCGCUCUACGCGCGGCGCCACGCCGUGCAGCCGCUGCUGGGCCGGGGCUACGUCGCGGGCCUGGACAUGCGCGAGCAGCGCAAGACCCAGACCUUCGCGUCCGUGCUCAGCGACAAGCGCAUGGCCGAGGCGCGGCGCCAGGAGGAGGACGAGGGUCUGGCGCGCGCGGAGCGGAAGCGGCGCGAGGACGCGCGCAAGGAGGAGCGCGAGCGGCUGCGGCGCGACAUGGCCGCGGAGACGGAAAAGGUGGAGAAGGCCGCGCUCGGCCGCGAGCUGCUCCACUGGACCGACAAGGCGCUGGGGGACAUGACGGACCGCGACUGGCGCAUCAUGAAGGAGGACUUCGACAUCCGCAUCCGCGGCGGCAAGGCGCCGCUGCCCCUCCGCUUCUGGGGCGAGGCGGACCUGGGCGAGCCGCUGUUGAUGGCGAUCCGCGACGCGGGCUACAAGGAGCCGUCGCCGAUCCAGCGCCAGGCCAUCCCCGUGGGGCUGGAGCUGCGCGACAUCAUCGGCGUCGCCGAGACGGGCUCGGGCAAGACGGCGGCCUUCUGCAUCCCCAUGAUCCGCUACAUCUCCAAGCUGCCCGCGGCGCGCAUCGCGUCGCUCGCCGACGACGGGCCGCUCGCUUUGGUCAUGGCGCCGACGCGCGAGCUCGCGACGCAGAUCGCCGGCGAGUGCAAGAAGCUCACGGCGCACAUGGACAUGAACGUGACGACCGUCGUCGGCGGCAUGUCCAUCGAGGACCAGGCCUUCGUCCUGCGCGAGGGCGUCGAGAUCAUCGUCGGCACGCCGGGCCGCAUCCAGGACUGCCUCGACACGCAGUACCUCGUGCUCAACCAGGCGAACUACGUCGUGCUCGACGAGGCGGACCGCAUGAUCGACAUGGGCUUCGAGCCCCAGGUCCACUCGAUCCUCGAGGAGAUGGGCGGUUUGCUACUAUCCGAGGACGACAUCGAGAUGGAGCAGCAGCGCCUCGCCGUCCAGCGCGGCGAGGCCUGCUACCGCAUCACGGCCAUGUUCUCCGCGACGAUGCCGUCGGCCGUGGAGAAGCUCGCGAAGAAGUUCCUGCGCCACCCGGCCAUCGUCUGCAUCGGCGACGAGGACAGCGGCAAGAACAAGCGCAUCGCGCAGCACGUGCUCUACAUCGCCGAGGCCGCGAAGAAGAACGCGGUCGUCGACAUCCUCCGGAAGAAGAAGGCCCAAGACAAGUACCUCGUCUUCUGCAACGAGAAGAAGGGCUGCGACGCCCUCGCGAAGGUCCUCUCGACCGCGGGCCUCCGGUCGUCCGUGCUCCACGGCGGCAAGACCCAGGAGCACCGCGACGCGACGCUCGCGGCCUACAAGGCCGGCUCCGUGACGGUCCUCGUCGCGACGGACGUCGCGGGCCGCGGCCUCGACAUCCCGGACGUCGCGCACGUCGUCAACUACGACAUGCCCCUCAAGAUCGAGAACUACAGCCACCGCAUCGGCCGCACGGGCCGCGCGGGCAAGGACGGCGUCGCGACGACGCUCCUCACCGACUCCGACGAGGCCAUGAUGUACGACCUGCGCCAGUACCUCGAGCAGACGGACGCGCAGAUCCCCGAGCGCCUCGAGAAGAACCCCGCGGCGCACGCGAAGCCCGGC